AUGCCUCUACAGGAGUAUCUAACCUACAAUGAGGUUCACAAACUCUGCCAGGAGGCCGCCCCGCGAAUUCUAUCUGAAUUCAAGCCUCAGCUCAUAAUAGCUAUCGGCAGUGGCGGAUAUGUUCCAGCUCGCAUGCUCCGAUCUUUACUCAAACAGCCCGGCGCGCCCGAUAUUCCUAUUCAAGCAAUCGGCCUCUCCUUCUAUCGACAUAAUCCUCAAUCUGAGUACUCUGCUGCUAUAAGUUCGGAGAGUUCACAGCAGCCAACGACUAAAGUCAUUCGUACUCAGUGGCUCGAUUUCCAUAACCAGACGCAGAUUAAGAGUCUGGUAGGGAAGCGGAUUUUGAUAGUCGACGAAGUUGACGAUACAAGAUCAACGCUUGCAUUUGCAGUGAGUGAACUAAAAAAUGACAUAGAGCAAGCAAGAAAAAUAUCAAACGAGGAAGUUAGCGAGACAACAUUCAAUAUUUUUGUAUUACACAACAAAAUCAAAGAAAAGGAAGGAAAACUACCUGACGAAAUACUGCUUAACCACUAUAUAGCCGCCAGAACGGUUGAAGAUGUCUGGAUCUCUUAUCCUUGGGAAGCUAAGGAUAUAGAUGAACACGACAAGCUUGCACGCAAUAAAAGCGUUGAAAUUUCAAAAUAG